AUGCGCUCCACAACGCUGAAACUUUUCCUGGUAUUCAUGGUUUUGGCCAGUUGCUCGGCUAUCCUCACAACAACUCUUGAUCCUAACGACUUCUCCACGUUCGAGUGCAAGCCGGAUCUGACCUGGCAAGAGGAAGGCCGGCUGCAGCGAUAUUGCGCGCCAAAUCGAGCCUGGGAUGCGGCUCAUAACAUUACCUGG